GAUUAUAGAUACAAGAUCAAGAAGGUGUGGAUCACUCUGAUAUGGAGCAGUACCAUGUAAUGGAGCUAAUAGGAGAAGGCUCUUUUGGCAGGGUCUACAAGGGAAGGAUAAAACAUUCAAAAAAGGUGGUUGCGUUAAAAUUCAUUCCAAAAGUUGGUCGUUCAGAGAUUGAGCUAACAAACCUACGGAGGGAGAUAUCUAUUAUGGCUGAACUAAGUCAUCCUAAUAUCAUAGAGCUUUAUGACUGCUUUGAAACACCAGACGAGGUGUGCAUGGUGACUGAAUUUGGUGAAGGAGAUCUUUUCCAAAUACUGGAAGAUGACACAACAUUACCAGAAUCAGAAAUUCAAGUGAUUGCUGUCCAGUUGGUGUCUGCACUUUUCUACUUACAUUCAAGGAGGAUACUCCAUAGAGACAUGAAGCCUCAGAAUAUUCUCAUUGGAAAAGGACGACAAACAAAACUUUGUGAUUUUGGAUUUGCUAGAGCUAUGAGUUUUCAGACGUUAGUUCUAACUUCAAUAAAAGGCACUCCACUGUACAUGUGCCCAGAAUUAGUGCAAGAAAAACCUUAUGAUCACAAUUCAGACUUGUGGGCUUUGGGUUGCAUAUUGUACGAGCUAUUUGUUGGUGAGCCGCCAUUUUAUACCAACAACAUUGUCCAACUUGUCAAGAUGAUAACAAAUGAUGAUGUGUUUUUUCCAGAUACAAUGAGCAAUGUCUUUAAUAAUUUCCUAAAGGGUUUAUUGGAGAAGGAUUCUAGUAAGAGGCUCUCAUGGCCUGACCUCCUUUAUCAUCCAUUUGUGAUGGAAGGUUUAGAUCACGAGUAUUUGGCCCAGUGUGCAAAGGAAGGACACAUCACUGCUUCCUCCAGGCCAAGCAGCACCUCAUUACCUUCAGAGCAAGAGACAUUUACACCUAUUUUAGAUAAACCUGUUUGCAUCAGCUCUGCGUGGACCAAUGGAGAGGAUAAAGACAAAACGGAUACGAAAAGAACCGAAGAAGACAUUGUAUUACCACAAUGUGCUGCUUGGAUGGAAACAAAGGAUAAAUUAGCUGAGAUAAUAUCAUCAAAUGCUCCAAACAGUGAGAAAGACCUUACUGAAUUACUAAGGCCUUGGCUAUCAAAAGCGAACUUCUUACCUGAAGAAGGAACUAGAACUGUGACGGAAUGUAUUGAAAUCGUUUCAAUACUCAUAAAACUAGUGAAAGAAGAUGUUAUAUCACCUAGUACUCUGUCUUACCUAACAAUGGAGCUACAUCUUUUGUCUGAACUGGUUGACUCCAUUUUACUGUGUGAGUCAAAUCACUUUGACAGCAAAUUACUUUUAAACUUGUUGGAAUUUUUGUCAGCACUCAUCACUCGUUUGUGUACUAUAAAAAAUCAGUCUCAUUCAUUAAUUAAUGUCUUUCAAGUUUUAUAUAAAAUAUUAAGCAAGUCCUCUCUAUCACUGGAAAUUUUUAAAGAAGUUGUUCUAGGUUUAAAAUUAAUCACUAUAUCCAUAUCUACUUGGGAAAUGGAACAUUUUGAGGCAUUUUUAAAAGUUUUAGUGGAAUUAAAAGCUGGUCAGGAGUUCAACGUUAAAUAUUCACGGGAAUAUGAAGAAUCACUUGCAAUCCUUAUCAAGACUUGGAGUUACUUGAGUCAUCAAAAAACAUAACUAUUUUUUAAUGAUACCAAAAUUAAAAAUAUAAACACAUUUUAUAAAUGGUACAAAAUUUUAUUUAUUUUACGAUGUCAAGAAAAUAAUGAAUGCCAUGACUUUUGAUAAAAGAGUGUACAGUAAAGUGUGAGUGUGUGGAUAAUAGAAAAUAAUAAUAAUAAAACAAUAAAAAAUCAAUGAUUGAUACAUAUUCAGUUUUUACUGCGA